CGCGCGGGACUGGCCGUCGGGGCUCCAUGCCAUGGAGAAGCUGGCGGCCGGGCUGGCCGGCCUGCGCUGGAGCAUGGGCGCCUUCCCGCUCGACCUCAUCGUCAGCCGCUGCCGCCUGCCCACGCUCGCCUGCCUCGGGCCAGGGGAGUAUGCUGAGGGGGUCAGCGAGCGAGACGUGCUGCUCAUCCACUCCUGCCGCCAGUGGACAACGGUGACAGCCCAUGCGCUGGAGGAGGGCCACUAUGUCAUCGGGCCCAAGAUCGACAUUCCCCUGCAGUACCCAGGGAAGUUCAAGCUCCUGGAGCAGGCCCGGGAUGUGCGGGAGCCGGUGAGGUACUUCAGCAGCGUGGAGGAGGUGGCCAGUGUCUUCCCCGACCGCAUCUUCGUGAUGGAAGCUAUCACUUUCAGUGUCAAGGUGGUAUCGGGCGAGUUCAGCGAGGACAGCGAGGUGUACAACUUCACGCUGCACGCGGGCGACGAGCUCACGCUCAUGGGCCAGGCGGAGAUCCUGUGCGCCAAGACCACCAAGGAGCGCUCGCGCUUCACCACGCUGCUGCGCAAGCUGGGCCGCGCCGGGGCGCUGGCCGGGGUGGGCGGCCCGGGGGCGGCGGGCGCCGCAAGCAGCGGCAGCGGCAGGCCUAUCAAAGGCAAGAUGCCCUGCCUCAUCUGCAUGAACCAUCGCACCAACGAGAGCCUGAGCCUGCCCUUCCAGUGCCAGGGCCGCUUCAGCACGCGCAGCCCGCUGGAGCUGCAGAUGCAGGAGGGCGAGCACACGGUGCGCGCCAUCAUCGAGCGCGUGCGGCUGCCGGUGAACGUGCUGGUGCCCAGCCGACCGCCGCGCAAUCCCUACGACCUGCACCCGGUGCGCGAGGGCCACUGCUACAAGCUGGUCAGCAUCAUCUCCAAGACGGUGGUGCUGGGGCUGGCGCUGCGCCGCGAGGGCCCCGCGCCGCUGCAUUUCCUGCUGCUCACCGACACGCCGCGCUUCGCGCUGCCGCAGGGGCUGCUGGCCGGGGACCCGCGCGUCGAGCGCCUGGUACGCGACAGCGCCUCCUACUGUCGCGAGCGCUUCGACCCCGACGAGUACUCCACGGCCGUGCGCGAGGCGCCCGCCGAGCUCGCCGACGACUGCGCCAGCCCGCGCCGCGCGCGCCUCUGCCUGCCCGCGCCGCGCGCCUCCGCGCUCGCCCGCGCGCCCGGCCCGCUCGGGCUAGUGCUGCCCGCGCCCGCCAGCGACAGCGACCAGGAGUACGUGAGCCCAGACUGGGCCGGGGCGCCCGAGCCCCCCGGGCCGCCCGCUGAGAUCCCCUACGAGGAGCUGUGGGCGCACCAGGCACCCGAGAGCCUCUCCGAGGGCCGCGGCCGGCUGCCGCCUGGGCCCGAUCUCAUCUCCUUCGGGGGCGUCGGGCCACCGCGUCGCGACUCUGAAGCGCCACCGCCGCCUGUGCCCCCCAAAUCCGAGGCGGUGAAGGAGGAGUGCCGCCUGCUCAACGCCCCCCCUGUGCCUCCCCGGGGUGGCAGUGGUGGGGGCAGGCUCUCUGGCAGUCCCCCAGUGCCACCCCGCUUCCCGAAGCUACAGCCCGUCCACUCACCCAGCUCCAGCCUCUCCUACUACUCUUCCGGCCUCCAGGAUGGGGCGGGCUCCCGCAGUGGCAGUGGCUCCCCCUCACCUGAUGCCUACUCCCUCUACUGUUACCCCUGCACCUGGGGAGACUGCAAGGCCGCAGAUGCCUCUAGCCGCCCGCCGCCUGCAGGACCUCUGCCCUCCACCACCACGCAGCCCAGCCAGGCCUCCCGUGCCCUCACAGAGCCUCUGAGCCCUCGGGGGGCCUCCUUCUUGGGGGCUGACACUGCAGUCAAGACCUACCAUGGCUGCCCACCCCUGUUCAAGCCCUCCCACUCCCAGAAACGCUUUGUUCCCUUUGGCGCUCUCAAUCCUUUCUCUGGGUCCACAUACCCCUCGGGUCCCCCAGCAGUCCCUUCCGGGCCCACAUCCACUUCUGGCGCCCUGGCUGCCUCCAGCCCUGCACAUUCCCCGGUUCCCGUCUCGCAGGGCCAGGGCUACUCAGCUGCUCCACCCUCAUCCCCAUCUUCCUCUGAGUGGCAGGAACCAGCGCUGGAGCCCUUGGAUCCCUUUGAGCUGGGACAGGCCAGCUCUGAGCCAGAGCUGCUUUGCUGUCAGGAGCCCAGAGCUGUAGGGGUGCCUGGAGCCCGUCUUUCACCACUUGGUCCCCCUAAGGUCUUUGAGCCCGAAGGUUUGGCCUUGAGGCAAGCUCCUACUCCGCUGUCACCAGCCACUCUGCCGGGGUCUGAGGCAGGAGGGGCGCGAGUCUUUCUCACCCAAGGGCCUCCUGCCAGUCCUCGGGAGGGAGCAGGCUCUGGAGGCAGGGAUGGCUCCUGGCAGCCCCCCGCGGACCUGUCCGCACUUUCCCUGGAAGAAGUCUCUCGAAGUCUGCGCUUCAUCGGGCUCUCAGAGGAUGUGGUGAGCUUCUUUGCCCGGGAGCGGAUCGAUGGGAGCAUCUUUGUGCAGCUCAGUGAGGACAUCCUGGCCGAUGACUUCCGCCUCACUAAGCUGCAGGUCAAGAAGAUCAUGCAGUUCAUCAAAGGCUGGCGGCCCAAAAUCUGAGCCCCUCAGCAACUGCUACCCUACUGGCACAGCUGCACUGCUGGCUUAGGCCCCAGAGCCAACACUCCAGAAGAGAAGCAAGUCCUGUCUGCACAGAUACUAUGCUGAGGCCUAAGACAUGGGGGAAUGUUCUUCUCAGGGGUGGGCCCUGCAGAGUUGGCUUGCUGUUGUGAAUAGCUGGGGAAGGGCAUAGCUGUGCACCUGGCUUGGCGAGAUAGAGUGGUGGUGAAGUGUGGAUCAAAAGGUAGCCUUUGGGGUGGCAGAAUGCCACCCCGUGUCCUGAUGCAGUCCUUCAGGGACAUGGCAUAUUUUUCAGCCCUGUAGGUUCAGAUUAGACAUGGGAAGAUGGCCUGUAAUGCAUGCACAAAUUCCUUAAGUGUCCUCUCUUUCUUGCUCUGUAGGCUUUUAGCCUGCAGCUCUCCUGGGGCCAGGGGUGCAGUUUCUGUGUUGGUGAAGUACCUUUCCACCUGUUCCCCCAUGAUUAGCUGCCUGGCCCUAAGCAUUGGAAUUGACCGUAAGCGUGUGCGCGCACGCGCGUGUGCGUGUGUAUGUGCGCGUGGGCACGCCUCUAGGCUCUGGAUUGAAGGUAGUCAGAGGAGGCUCAGCUCUGCUGUAGACCUACAUUAUUAGGGAGGCAGGUGCUCUCUAUUUUCUGCUCCAGCCUCACCUGGCCUAUCCAGUGAGGUACAGACUGGGGAAGACCAGGGAGCUUGAAGUCAGCUGCUCCUUCAUUUGGGAGCAAGCAGUGGUGGAUCAUCCACCACUCCGCCAGUCGCCUGCUGUAAGCAUUUGGUACUUGCUGAUGGACAUGGGGUGGACUUUUUGGUUUCUGUCACUGGAACAAGAGGAUGGUACAGCUAAGGGAGGGGGGUGGCUUGGGAAAACCUGCCCUUCCUCCUUGGUGCAGUUGUGCAUUUGUUCACACACUUCAGUCUGAAGCAUGGUGACCGUGUGAGACAGAAUCCCAUCAUGUCUCAGGCCCACCAGCUUCAGAGCCCAUAGGGCUCAGCCUUUCGUUGGCCUUACUUGGUCUACUUAGCUAUUUAUUUCACUAAGGCAUGUUGGUGCCUGGGCCCGUCAGACUGUCUUAGCUCUGAGGGAAGGAGUAUAGUAGAACAGACACUGAUGCUGUGACAUUUGGUUUUCUCCUCCAAGGACUAGGGAAAUAAAUGCUAGACCACUGAAGAAUA